AUGUCAGACGAAGCAACAGUUAUAAAGGUACUUGUAGUUGGCGAUGUAUCAGGUGCAUUCACUCAACUCUUCAAGAGAGUUGCAGCGGUCAACAAGUCAAAUGGACCAUUUCACAUGAUGUUAUGCGUUGGUGCAUUCUUUACACCAUACUCUACAUCAUUGACUGUUGCAUCAACACUGUCAACAGAGUCAACAGAGUCAACAACAGAAACAGCAUUGACAAUGCCAGAACAGUUGAUACCCUACAAGAAUAAGGAACAACAGGUACCAUUGCCUGUGUACUUUAUAGCUAAUACAUUGGACGAUAUGAGGUAUCUGGAUGCAUUGGCAGACAGUGAGGGAAAGAUAUGUGAUGGUAUUCAAUAUCUGGGCAAGAGUGGUGUCAAGUCAAUCGAAGGUAUCAACGUAGCAUAUCUCUCUGGCUCGGUUGCACACCCCGUGAAGCAGGUAUCUGAUGGCAAGUUGGACAACUCAAUCACCAAAGAUGACAUUGCCUCAAUCAUCCAACAAUCCACCGACAAGAAGAUCGACAUCCUACUCACCAAUCAAUGGGCAAGAGGUGUACUCAACAACAUGGAUUUAUCAGUCGUAUCACAGACAAUCAAGAACCCUUUGGUAAAGGGAAUGGAUGGUAUAAAGGAGGUGGCAAUUGCUUUGGCGCCAGUGUAUCACUUCUCAAAGGAUAGUCACUACUUGCAACGACCACCUUAUCUUAAUCCAAUGUCAAAGCAUAAUGCUGCCACUCGCUUCAUCUCGUUGGCACCAGUGCCAAACGAGCAGAAGCAAAAGUAUCUCUUUGCCAUGAACUAUCAACCAAACAAAACAGAUACCAACAUACUAGACACGACCGGAUUCCCAUUCGCCGCUGUUGGUGGUGACAAGCCAGACAAGAGGCAGAGAACAGACAACAAUAACAAACAGCAACAGCAACAGAAUCAACAAAGGAAAUCACUACUUGGAGACUAUCAACAGCGAUCGGGCGACAGCAAGAAGCGAACAUCACAGCAGAGUACACUUGAGUGUUGGUUCUGUCUGUCACAGCCAUCGGUCGAGAGCCACUUGAUCGUGUCGAUUGGAUCCGAGUCCUAUCUGGCGCUGCCCAAGGGCGGCAUCGUAGAGCAUCACAGUCUUGUAGUGUUCAUCGAUCACAAGCCAUCGUACACAAUGCUGACAGAUUCGGAGCGAGCUGACGUCGAGAAGUUCAUCGAGAGUCUGAAGCAGUUCCAUCUCAAAGAGGACGAUUGUGAUAUCGUGGUGCUGGAGCGACACUUCCAAGGCCGCUUCCAAAACCAACUGCAUGGACAUCUACAGGUGGUGCCCAUCUCCAAAUCACUUUCAGCGGAAAAGAUCGAGGAAUGCUUUGCCAAACAUGGCAAGCAGAGGAAUGUGGAGUUCAAGAAGUUGGCCAUAGGCAGUGAGCUGGCCAAAGCAGUGGGCGACAACUUCUACUUCAACGUUCGAUUGCCAAAUGGUGAGCAACUCUAUGCCAUCAUUGAGAAGGAAGAGCAACAACCUCAACAACAACAUCAUCAGAAACAUAAUAAUCAACAACAACAACAACAACCGGUUGACUUUCAAUUUGGACGACAGGUACUUGUGGACUUGCUUGGAGUUCCAGAUAGACUGAACUGGAAGCAAUGUGCUGUGGGCAAAGAAAAGGAGACUGAACAGGCCAAUGACUUUAGAACAAUCUUCCAGCCAUAUUACGACAGCAACGAAUAA